AUGAACACUUCUCCCUUCCUUAAUUUAAACAUUGUUCCAUGUACGGUUGUUUUGAAAAAAUUAGUAAGAAUAUAAAACUUUUAAAAUGGUAAAAAAUCUCUUCCAACUUUAAAAAAACAUUUUUGAAAUCAUUGCGGUCCAGACCGACUCAAAAGAUUAGUCUUACCGUAUACCGGCUAGAGUGAUACUCCGUUUUUUAGCGCGGUAGUUAAGCUUUGUUUGUUUGAAAAUGAUUAAAAAAAGAGAGAAAAAGUAAAAGCUGAAAAUGAAGCAUGCAGUGCAACUCAACUACCAACAAACUAAGAAGGAGACGCCAUAACUCUCUUCACAUUUUCAAAAACAUCUCACAGACAUUUCCACAAACAGUUUCACUCACAUUCUCUCUCUUUCCAGUUUUCUACACCUCAACCAUUUUCAAUUCACAAUUAUUUUCAUCUUCUUGCAUUCUUCUACUUUUCCGUUUCAGAUCGCAUUUCAUAGAUAAUGAUUGGAGCUUAAAAGUUGCGGUGGCCUGUGUUCUACGCCAUCCCAAGUUCCAACAAAAGAAUAGUACAAGCUUUAUGAAAGAACUUGAAAUGUAAUGAAAUAAUUGUAUGCCGAAUUGGUGAGGUUGGAAUUGAAGGUUUAGAGAAAAGGCUUGAGAAGGAAGUGUGAAAAUGGGGUCCAAUUCAGGGGAGGAGGCAAUGCAAGGCGUGGCAGGUGGUGAGGAGAGAAUUCUUGUUUCCGUUCGUGUGCGGCCGCUGAAUGAAAAGGAGUUAUGGAAAAAUGAUCUGUCUGAAUGGGAAUGCAUUAAUGACACUACCAUUAUGUACAGGAGCAACCUUUCAGCUUCUGAAAGGUCUUUGUAUCCAACAACCUAUUCAUUUGACCGAGUUUUUAGGACUGAUUGCCCCACAAGGCAAGUGUACGAAGAAGCGGCUAAGGAGGUUGCUCUUUCUGUUCUCAAUGGCAUAAACUCAAGCAUAUUUGCAUAUGGACAAACAAGCAGUGGAAAGACAUACACCAUGAGUGGUAUUACUGAGUAUGCUGUAGCUGACAUUUUUAAUUACAUAGAAAAGCACAAAGAAAGGGAAUUUGUCUUGAAAUUUUCAGCGAUGGAGAUCUAUAAUGAAUCUGUCAGGGACCUCCUUAGUAAUGACACUACACCACUCAGACUUCUUGAUGAUCCAGAGAAAGGCACAGUUGUUGAGAAACUCACCGAGGAAACUUUGCGUGACUGGAACCAUUUUACAGAACUUAUUUCUUUCUGUGAAACACAACGGCAGAUAGGAGAGACAUCCUUGAAUGAAGUAAGCUCCAGAUCACAUCAAAUUCUAAGAAUGACAAUUGAAAGUUCUGCGCGUGAAUUUCUGGGAAAUUACAAAUCGAGCGCUCUUGCCGCUUCUGUGAAUUUUGUUGAUCUUGCUGGAAGUGAGCGAGCAUCACAAACUAAUUCAGCUGGUACAAGGUUGAAAGAAGGAUGCCACAUCAACCGUAGUUUACUGACUCUAGGAACUGUCAUCCGCAAACUCAGCAAGGGGCGAAAUGGACACAUCCCUUUCAGAGAUUCAAAGCUAACCCGCAUACUGCAGUCUUCAAUAGGAGGCAAUGCUAGAACAGCAAUCAUCUGUACCAUGAGUCCUGCACGGAGCUAUGUUGAACAAACUAGAAACACCCUCUUAUUUGCAAGUUGCGCUAAAGAAGUGUCAACUAAUGCAAAAGUCAAUGUAGUGGUGUCUGAUAAAUCGUUGGUCAAACAAUUGCAAAGAGAGUUGGCUAGGCUCGAAAGCGAGUUGAAAAAGUCAGGGUCAACCCAGCGUAAACCUGAUUCUGCAGAAUUGCUGCGGGAAAAAGACCUCCAAAUUGAGAUGUUAAAGAAAGAGAUCAUGGAUCUGGCAAUGCAGCGGGACCUUGCCCACUCUCAAAUUAAGGACAUGCUUCAAGUGGUUGGAGACGACAUGUCCUCAUGUGAUUUGGAAAGUUUUGGUUCUCAGUAUCCCAAACUACGUGUGCGAAGUUCAAUGGACUUUGAAGAUCAAACAGAGGAACCAAUUUUAUUAAAUUUUGACGGAGUGGAGAGUGUUAGAUCUUUUGAUGCUUCUCAAUAUUCAGAUGGACAUAGUGUUAGUUCCGAAGAGAACUAUUUCCAGCUCCCUAAUUUGGAAAAGAGUCUUCCCAUCAGGAAUUCUUUUCAAGCGGUGUUGGUUGUAAGUCAUGAUGCUGUAGCUAAUCAUGUGGAUCAGAAGAUAGGUCAAGAACAGCCCGGUGAUAAAUUAGGCGACAGCUGUAAGGAAAUUAGGUGCGUUGAGUCAAAAGAUCAAUUUACAAACACAGAUACACACUCAAGUCCAGCAGCUUUGAGUCCAAAUAAAGACACAGACUCGAAUGCAUCAUCUCCAGGGGAAAAUAUGGCAAUCUCAGAAUUGACAGAAGUUGAUAACAUAGACAAAGAAAAUCAAGAUUUGUGCUCAUCUCCAGGGACAAAUACAGUUGUCUCAGGAUUGACAGAAGUUGAUAACAUAGACAAAGAAAAUCAAGAUUUGUGCUCAUCUCCAGGGACAAAUACGGUUGUCUCAGGAUUGACAGAAGUCGAGAACAUCGACAAAGAAAAUCAAGACUUGUGUUCAUCUCCAGGGACAAAUACGGCUGUCUCAGGAUUGACAGAAGUUGAGAACAUCGACAAAGAAAAUCAAGACUGGUGCUCAUCUCUUGGGGAAAAUACGGUUGUCUCGGGAUUGACAGAAGUUGAUAACAUCGACAAAGAAAAUGAAAACGUGUGCUCAUCUCUUGGGGCGAAUACGGCUGUCUCAGGAUUGACAGAAGUUGAGAAGAUCGACAAAGAAAAUAAAGACUGGUGCUCAUCGCCUGGGGAAAAUACGGUUGUCUCAGGUUUGACAGAAGUUGAAAACAUCGACAAAGAAAAUCAAGAGUUGUGCUUAUCUCCUGGGGAAAAUACAGCUGUCUCAGGAUUGACAGAAGUUGAUAACAUCGAUAAAGAAAAUCAAGACUUGUGCUCAUAUGAGUUAAAGGAAAACAAAAAACUGAAUAGCUUGCACCAAGGUUUUGUUCUACCCUCUUCAGAGAAAAUAAGUCCAUUGCUGGUAGAAAAACGUGUAUCUAGUUCUAGAAUCUUGAAAUUGACCAGAAGCAGAAGUUGUAAAGCAAGUCUCAUGAAGGAUUCAUCUUCAGAUUGUUUUGACCAGGAUGAAAUAAUUCAGAAUACCCCCCCAAUAGGGAUCCAAAAAGACUACAUUGGAAGACCUCAGGGAUUUGAAAAGAGGACCUAUACACUAAACUAUAAUCCCAAUAAUGAGAGGUUAUCCUGGGGUGGUUAUGGGAAUUGUGUGAGAUGUUCUACAGCUGACAUACAAAACGUGAAAUCAUCAUUUGAAAUGGAAAUUGACGAUGAUAGUGAUUUAUCUCCAGUAAGAAGGGAAAAGAAAGAACGUGGAAGUUCAAAUCUAUUGGCGAACCAUGAGGAGACAGGACGUGAGUCCACUGUUUCUUCCAAAAAGUUCAAAGAUGUUGGGUUGAACACAUUGCAAUAUGAUGAAGACAAACAUUUGGUUUGGUCUUCUGAAUUUAAGCUGCUGCAGAAAGAGAUUGUUGAACUAUGGCAUUCUUGUGAUGUUUCAUUGGUCCACAGGACUUACUUUUUCCUUCUAUUCAAAGGGGAACCCUCAGAUUCUAUCUAUAUGGAGGUAGAGCUGAGAAGGCUGUCCUAUCUCAAAGAUAAUCAAAUUUUAGAAGAUGGACGAACCCUUACCCCUGAAUCAAGCAAGAGAUAUCUUCGAAGAGAGAGACAAAUGUUGAGCAGGCAAAUGCAGAGGAAGUUAUCAAAAUCUGAAAGAGAUAACAUGUAUUUGAAGUGGGGUAUCAGUAUGAGUUCAAAGCAUAGGAGGUUGCAAUUGGCUCAUCGCCUAUGGUCUGAAACAGAUAUAAACCAUGUUAGAGAGAGUGCAACCAUUGUUGCAAAGCUGGUUGGUACAGUUGAGCCUGAUCAGGCUUUCAAGGAGAUGUUUGGCCUCAACUUUGCACCACGACGCAGAAGAAAGAAGUCGUUCGGUUGGACGUCCAGUAUGAAGCAUAUCUUGUGAAGGUGAUUGUGUUGGAACAAGAUUACUGUAUAGGAAGUUUGAUUGGGCCAUGUAAAAAUUUCCCCUGGCUCCAUUUUAACAUAGGAAAAAUAUGUCAUCCCCCCUUCUAUUAGCAAUCUGAUCUUUACUAUAUGUUUCUGACUCUAAUUCCUAUUUGACUGUAAAGAGGUUGAAGGAUGCAGAACCACCCCAUGCAUAUGGAAUAUAGAUGGAACUAGAAAUUAUGAUAUAUUUAUGUGAAAAUAAGAUUGUUUGCAGAAGAUUCAAGAAGAAA